AUGAACAAUUCCCUAAACAACAAUGUCUCUGGCCAAGGACAGAACAAAAAAGAGGGGCCACCACCGGUGCACGUCCCUAUCGAACCAGUUGGAAUGAAUGCUCAGGGUACGAUGCACUUCAGUCAAGGCAUCCUUCCAUCUAGUUGUUGGCUAGUGGUUCCAGUGUCUCCAAUUGCUCAUUCACAAGUUCCAGUGCCACAAAUUCAGGUCAUGAAUUCCGGUGAUCAUCAGAAAAUCAUCGACAUUGCAUUUGCCGAUUUGGCGUUUACUACAAAAAUGAAGUGUCAGAAAAAACCGAAUAAUGGAGAUGGCUCAAAGGAUAUUAUGAGCUUGUUGAAAGAACAAUUCGAUCGCGGCAACUACAAUCGAACCCUGGCGAUGCUCAACAACUCGGGAGCACCAUCCUCAACUUCCACGUCGCCAGUUUCCAUGUCACCACGAGCUUCCAAUGAUCGUUAA